UGUUCAUUCUUCCCUAUGUUGCUCGAUAAAUGGUAUCUGGGGAAACUGGAGGAGAUAAACUAUGAAAACCCGAGUGUCCCAGUGGCCCUGUGCCCUUGGGUAAAAAGCAUCAUCCAAUCAUCCACCACAGACUCAAAUGAGAAGGAGGAGUGGCAUAAGGCGCCGAAAGCUCCCACGUGGUCAAGUUUUGGCGGCAAGACGAACGUAAACAAACAGUGUGUCAUGGACGCCUUGAGGCUCUUUGACUGGAAGAAUUCACUCGAUGCCAUUGGUGAACUGGAAAAAUUACUACACUGCAAUGUUUGUGGCAAGGUAGCAGAUGACCCUCAGUGCUUGGGGCGAUGUGACCACCACUUCUGCCGGUGCUGUGCCAAAGGCUUGGAGAAUGGCACCUGCCCUCUCUGCAAGGUUCCUGCCCCGCCCUGUGAGAUGCAAUCUGAUCGCAUCAUCAGCGACCUUGUGGAAUCGUGCCGAGAGUUGCGGGCUCUCAUCUCUGGGGAUGACAACAGGACAGAUGAUGCCGAGGUGCUUGAUGGCCUGUGUACCCCAGAGCGAGGGAAGAAGCCCACGACACCCCUGAGAGAAAUAUCUGGGGAUAUCACCAUGACGAACAACAACAAUAACAGCAGCAACAACAACAACAACCAAGACAAUAGCAGGAACAAACAGAGUGCAGUGAAGAGCAAGGGGUGGGAGGCAGAGGGUGAGAGCAAGGCCAAGAAGAAAGCAAAGGUUACGCAGAGAACUCCAGCUAACAAAACUAGCAACCAAGACCAAGCCAGCACCUCGCUCAUGACCUCCAGACCAGAGAAAAGACCCAAAGUAAGCACACCAGUAGCAGAGGCAAAGAAGUUCCCCAAGGUGGCUGAUCUGAGUGUGCUAGGGAUGAGCCCCAAGACUGUGGCCAUCAACAGAAGGAACACCAAGGGGGAAACUCUCCUACAUGUGGCCUGUAUUAAGGGUGACAAGGAGAAGGUGGAGCAGCUUCUGUCAGAGGGUGCCAAUCCUAACACAAAGGACAAUGCAGGCUGGACUCCACUGCAUGAAGUUUGUAGCCAUGGUUUUGAGGACAUCGCUGGGCUUUUGCUGCAUCACGGUGCUGUGGUGGACCCAAUGGCAGGCAGCAAUGAGACCCCACUGCAUGAUGCUGUGACUCAGGGACAAGUGGUGCUAGUGAGGUUGCUGAGGACCUGGGGAGCUGAUGACACUGUGAGGAACCUGUAUGGACACACACCGAGGUACCUUGCCACAAAAUGCCGAGGGGCGGAGGAGCUCAACUCAGCGCUUGACACGCCCAUAGACCCAUCACUGCCCCGGCCUUCACUCCCCCUGAUGGAGAAGAUGGUGCUGCUGGGUGCUGGACUUUCCCGCCAGCAGACCAAGAAGCUGGAGACGCUGUCCAGGAUGCUGCGUGUCAAACUGAUGACAGAAUACAGCCCUGAGGUGACACAUGUAGUUACAGACUGCACCCCAGAGCGUCUGGCAAGCACACGCACCGCCAAGUACAUGAUGGGGGUGGCAGCCGGCAAGUGGAUUAUUACUCAUGCCUGGAUGGACGAGUGCCUGAAGACUGAGUCAGCAGUGAGUCCUGUUGACUAUGAGGUUUUGGGCUGUGGUCCCUCACCCCCCACAUCCCCUGGAGCUCCAUCACUGGGGAGGAAGAACUCUGAGAGGAUGCGCCCAGGCUUGUUCAGUGGCUGUCACAUGUUCCUCUGGGGUACCUUCCCUGGGAGCAAUGGCAAGAAGGAGGUGGAGGGACUGGUGCGUGCUGGGGGCGGCUCAGUGCUGGCCAGGGAACCCAAUGCUGAAGCAAUACUGGAGGAGGAACAUAAGGUGCCUUUCCACGCCUCCCCUGAUGGUCCCCUUGGCAACUGUUCCCACUACAUCAUCUAUCCUGAUGGCCCCUCACAGCCACAGCUCAAGUAUGACAUGAACCACUUCAAGUCUCUGCCCCUCAGUUGGCUUCACUCCUGUGUUGAUUCCUUCAGUCUGCCUCCUCCAGUCAAGUAGUGCCUCAGUGCCGUCUCACACAUGCUCAUGCUGCUCAAGUUAGAAAGGUUUAGUGAUUCCUUCCUACACCGCAUUGGUGAAGAGUGUUGGAGAAAGGAAAGAUAUGUUAUUUUUAGUAGAUCUUUUCUUCUCUUUUCUGUUGCUUCCGUUAGGUGGUCUUUUUCUCUUCUUUUGUCAUUUUCUGUACUGUUUCGUGAUCUUAUUUGUUUUUAGCAUUGUCACUAUUGUUUUUGUGGCCUUCUCUUGUCAGUCUGUCUACUGUUCAUUAGAGUUUAUUUCUUCUCACUUGUUUUCUUAUUCCAUUCCAUUACUUCUGUUUUAUGGACUUUCUUUUCUUGGUUUACUCUCACUAUUUUAUUAUUAAUUUUCUAACUUCUUGUUCUGUGUUCUCUUAGUCAGGUGCAGUGUCUUGUUACACUCACUACCUGAUCAAUUCACUCAUAUUUUCAUUAUUCACAAAUUACUCCACUUUUUUUUCCUAAACAAGUUAAAGUGUUAUGGUUCCAUCUUGUACAGUGGUUUUAUGUGCUAUUUACAUAUGUACAAUUUUAUCAGUAUAUUAUAUAUUGCUGUCUCCAGGUAGUAUUUCUAGUUUAUUUAAUAUUUCUUUUCAAAACCUUAAAAUACAGUAACGUGUUUUCUAAGUGUUAGUGCCGCCCGGCAACACUUGGAUCAGUGUGCCUAAACGUUUGGUGUCUGAUCACAGCGCGGCAGUCGUGGUGGUUAUCCAGACAAUGUUAUGGUAUGCAGGGAAUUUAAAUUUUUAUUAGUGUAGACAUUAUUCUAUGAUAAAAAUAGUGUUUUGGACAAUAUAUUAUUGAUGGUGUAUAUCUUUAAGGGUUAUAAUAAUUUAACAGUACGUCAGUGUCCUUAAAAUGCAAAUAAUAUGCAUUAAAAUAAAUAUAGAUACAUAUAUCUAUGUACACCUUUCUUGGUCGGGAGUGCUGGAGGGGCAGCACUGCCACACACUCACAAGGCUGGGACAGUGUGGAGAGUCAAAGGAAAUAACACACAGAGAUGACGUCCACAACACCCUCUUUUUGUCUGGUAAACGUGUAGAUCAUCUUUUAUGACAACUACAAAUGUGGAUUCAAAACACGUUUUACAGACAUGGAUGUCCGACAUCUUGUGUGUUUGCACAGUCUUGUGGAACAAAAGUGUGGGGGUUUUGGUUUCCUUGGUGUUAGGAGAGUGAGGGACAAAUUGGUAGUGAAUGAUUAAGACACUUGUAGGAGAGCUAAGAGCACGAUGGAUGCAACACUAUUGUGUAACAUCUCCAACACACCACAUUCCUCAUGGGUGCAACACAGGAACCUCUUCACCCUGUACAUGCCAGCACUGCUGCUCAUUGCCACAGCCACAGGUUUCCUAAGUAUUUUUUCAUCAUAGAAAAACAUGCCCCUGAAAAACGGCUGCUGUGAAACAAUGCAUCACUGAAAUAUUCUAGUGUUUUGUUUUGACUUCAUAAAAACAUCUUGCUUAAUAUAAAGGCAUUUUUGGCACUUAUUCAUUAUGCAUUUAUUCACCAUUCACCUUUUGUUUCUCAGCAGCAUUUAUUUCAUCAAGAGGGAGACUUGAUGGCUCUGGUAGCAGAGUAACUUUUCUCAGUUUUGAUUUUGCAUUUCAUGGUUGUGUGUUUUGGCAAGAUUAUUUGAAUUAAUCACCAAAUGUACCUUCCUGCUAUACCAGGGAAUGAUUAGAGUGUGACCAACAACUACAGCUUAUUUGUAUAAACCCUGACCCUGACUUGACCUUGCAUGAUCUCUCUAAUCUCUGUCCCUCUCGCUCACUAGUUCCUCCAGACAACACUACUAUCAAUACUUGCAUUGGGAAAGGGAGUAUAAAAUGGGGCUCUAUUUUUUUUUUUGACAAUACACAUUAUAUAUUUCAAAACCUAUGAUACAAAACAGAAUAAAUGUCUUUCUCUCUGUCUGUCUUUCUCCCUCUCACACACACACACACACACACACACACACACACACACACACACACACACACACACACACACACACACACACACACACACACACUACACAGACACAGACACAGACAUAUACACACACACACAUACACACAGGCAUGAAGGAUUAAGGGCACUAUCAUGCUUUAUCUGUUAUGCUCAAUGCUCCCAGAGUUUCCAGGAUCUUUGAGCCAUCCAUUGUAUUUGUUCUGCAUCUGGAGUACCUGCAAUAAAAAAAAAAAUAAAUAAA